AUGAAGACUGCGACGAAUCCAGAGAUACUUGAGGAGGUUGACGACGAAGGAUGUGGAAGUGAUGAUUUGGUGGAUGAUGUUUAUGUGGCGGAGCAAAUUGGCUUAGAUGGUGGUGUUUCAGAGAGACCCUCAAGAACCAGUGAGCUCAAUCUCUCCUUUGAAGGAGAGGUCUUUGUCUUCCCUGCUGUCACACCUGACAAGGUGAAAACUGUUCUCUUGCUAUUGGGAGGGCGUGAUAUACCUACUGCUGUUCCAACACUUAAACUUCCAUUUGAGAAUAGCAGGGGUGUAGGUGAUAAUCCCAGGCGGUCAAAUCUGUCAAGACGACUAGCUUCUCUAGUUAGGUUCCGUGAGAAGCGUAAGGAAAGAUGUUUUGACAAGAAAAUUAGAUAUACUGUGCGAAAAGAAGUUGCGCAGAGGAUGCAUCGUAAGAAUGGACAUUUUGCUUCCGUUAGAGAUGGUUCAGGUGAUUCGAACUGGGAAACUAGCCAGAGUGGCCUUCAAGAUGGCACAUUUCACUAG